ACCCCAGGGGCGCGCGCGGCUGCCGGUUAGUUCCGGACAACGCCUGGUGUGUGGUAACAGCGGCGGACGCUUCCUCCUCGCGGGCGCUUCCGGCGGGGCGGCGAAGCCCACUCGAGAGCUCUGCGGGUCGGGGGGGAGGACAAUAUAUUUUCCAAGCUCUUCCAGUAUUCUUGCACAACGAGGAAAAAGAAGAAACAUUUCAGUGAAUGAGGAGUUUUCUGCUUCUAUAGUGUUUUCCUUGAGAAGUGGGUCUUUGAAUGAGGAUGACAAUGGAAGAGAUGAAGAAUGAAGCAGAGACCACUUCUAUGGUUUCCAUGCCUCUCUAUGCUGUCAUGUACCCUGUUUUUAAUGAGCUAGAAAGAGUAAAUCUAUCUGCAGCUCAGACGCUGAGAGCGGCUUUUAUUAAGGCUGAAAAAGAAAAUCCAGGUCUUACACAGGACAUCAUUAUGAAAAUUCUGGAGAAAAAAAGUGUGGAUGUGAACUUCACGGAGUCUCUUCUGCGUAUGGCAGCUGAUGAUGUAGAAGAGUAUAUGAUUGAAAGACCAGAACCAGAAUUCCAAGAUCUUAAUGAAAAGGCACGAGCACUUAAACAAAUUCUUAGUAAGAUUCCUGAUGAGAUCAAUGACAGAGUGAGGUUUCUUCAGACAAUCAAGGACAUCGCGAGUGCAAUAAAGGAACUUCUUGACACAGUAAAUAACGUCUUCAAGAAAUACCAAUACCAGAACCGGCGGGCGCUUGAGCACCAAAAGAAAGAGUUUGUAAAAUACUCCAAAAGUUUCAGUGAUACUCUGAAAACCUAUUUUAAAGAUGGAAAGGCAAUAAAUGUGUUCAUAAGUGCCAACCGACUAAUUCAUCAAACCAACUUGAUACUCCAGACCUUCAAAACUGUGGCCUGAAAACUGUAUAUGUUGAGAGUUGUACUUUUCAAUGGUGGAUAGGGUACCUUUAUAUGUAAAUUUUAAAGUUUUGACUGUAUAAAUUAUCAGCCCCUCUUGAGGGGCCUAAUGCAGGAUUUUGAAUGGGAUUAUUGCCAUCUUACACCAUAUUUUUGUAAAACAUUGUAGCUUAAUCAUAAUCUCACAAUGAAGAUUUUGCAUCACUUUUUGCUAUUAUCAUUCUUUUCAGAAUUAUAAGCCAAAAGAAUUUACGCCUUAAUGUGUCAUUAUGUAACAUUCCUUAUAAGAAUUGUAAAUAUUUGGUGUUCUGUUUCUGACAUUUUAACUUGAAAGCGGAAAACUGCAAGAUUAUGUAUUUAACAAUAUUGGUGGCAAAUAUUCAAUAAAUAGUUUACAUCUGUUA